CCUACCCCAUUCCCCCUGCUCCCCACCUUCGGAAGGGGGGCAUGGAGGCAACCGGGAUCUGCCUGGGGCCAGCAUGAGCCUGAGGGAGGGAAGUCUGGACCCACAGGCUGACUCUUCAAUCUCAUCUGUUCCCCACCUGGAGGCCAAGAUCCGUCAAACACACAGUCUUGCCCACCUCCUUACCAAAUAUGCUGAGCAGCUGCUCCAGGAAUAUGUGCAGCACCAGGGAGACCCCUUCGGGCUGCCAGGCUUCGCGCCACAGCGGUUGCCCGUAGCCGGCCUGAGCGCCCCGGCAUCGGGCCACGCGAGCCUGCCCGCGCAGGAACGGCUGCGGCUUGACGCGGCGGCGCUGGCUGAGCUGUCGCCGCUGCUGGACCUUGUGCGCCGCCGCCAGGCCGAGCUGAACCCGCGCGCAGCGUGCCUGCUGCGGCGCCUGAAGGACGCGGCGCUCCAGGCCCGGGCCCUAGGCGCCGCAGUUGAGGACGUGCUGUCCGCGCAGGGCUCCGAGACCCGAGGGCCCCGGCCCGAGCCCGCCGCCGCCGCCGCUGCUCCAGCCGCCGCCGCCGGCGUGUUCCCGGCCAAGGUGCUCGGGCUCCGCGUGUGCGGCCUCUACCGCGACUGGGUGAGCCGAACCGAGGGCGACCUGGGCCAGCUGGUGCCCGGGGGCCCAGGCUGAGCGCGGGCGCAGAAAGCAGCUCGCUGUCACCUCUAGAGUCUCUCUCCAUCUCUAUCAGUGUCUGAUGUGCUCGGACUGUCUCCAUCCUGUCUGUCUGCCUUCUCUAUUUGCUUUUUUGUGCUCUCUGUCUCUCUCUCGGUACCUCCUUGUCUCGGUAUGUGAUUUGCCAUGUCCAUCAUUUUCCUGCCCUGUCCCCCACCUCCCACUUUUUCCCCAUCGCUUGGCCCUCCCUCCAUUACUCAUCUCUGGGGUCUUUUUGUCUCUCUUUUUCUCCAUCUCUUGUCUCCCCGUUGGCCCCAUGUGAGCAUGUGUACAUCUCAGCUUCAUCUGAAGGAGGGGACACUUCCUUGCUGUUUCCCUGUCCCUCUCUCUGACCUUUCCUGGGCAGGGAUGUGCCUCUGACCCGUGGUGGGAAGGCUACUCCAGACAGAUUUAAGCCACCUCCCCCCAGGGUCACUCCCUGGGCUGCCCUCCCCACCAUCCCAUCCCUUUGGGCCCUGCCCCCCUUUCCCUUUGAUGUCCUUCCUCUCCUUCACCUCCCUCUGCCCUAUCCCUGCACAUCCCCUCCCCCAGGUCUGUGGAGAGAAAAAAAUCAACACGUUUAAGAGUUUUAUUUCUGAGAAUAAAUUAAUUUUUUGUAAAUAAAAUGUUUAAUAAUAACAAAAAAAACGCUAAAGUUAUCAGCAUAUGGACGUUGAAAAUGGGGAGACACCUUUGAGAAGAAUAAGAUUCUUGGGUUGCAUCCUGGUCCCCCAGACAUAACCACAUGCCACAGUAUUAAUAGGAAAUUCAUGACAGCCCCAGGCCAGGGAUGCAAUCUGUCAACCCAGAACAGGAAAUGGAUGUGUCCUAAGCAGGAAACAGAUGUGACAUGAGUCCUUAGUUUUCAAGAACUGGAUUUCCAUUAAUCGGGAAGUUAAGUAAGCCCCAUUAAGAUGGGAAGUUGGAACAGUGAUCACAGUCAGGGAGGUAGACUAGGGGAAGAAAUGAACUCCAGCAAGAAGGGAGUCCUAACUGCUCAGAAAGUCCUAAUCUUCAUAUAGGAAGCAAGGUAGACCAGAGACAAGAAGGCAGCCCCUGGGCCUCCCCAAAAUUACAGAAAGGGGAAAGUCUCCAGGAGGGCUCAGGAAAGAGACCAACUGUCCUUUCCUUGCAGAGUGGGAAGGGAAGACUCUUAAAGAGGCACUUCUUGCCACCCAGGAAAUAGGCAACCAGUACCACUGGAUUGGGAAUCCAUGAAGUAAUAUCCAUAGGGUCCCACCCAGAUUUGGAAGGGAGGCUGUAGGACCUAGGCAGGAAGGCCCAGGCAAUAGGAACUUGGGGCCUUGUUUCUAGGAAAUAUUCCCAAAUACAUGGCACAUAAGCCCUGUCUGCUAGACAAGAUUUAUCUCCUUUCUAGCCAAGCAUCAAGGCACAGAAGAGUCCACUGUGAAAGAAGAGAUUUUGUAGCUUCUGAUAGGAAAUCCCACCACCUCUAUCCAGGGUAUUUGACCU